AUGGACAACAAAAAGGAACAUGUGACAUUUAAGUUUACUGGUGAUAUUGCUGAAGGAACAAGCGCCAAGCUGAGAAUCUCCUUUAAGGGGGAAAUAAACAGCAAGCUCGCUGGAUUCUAUCGAGCCGUUUAUGAAGACCCAAGUGGCAAUAAAAAGGUCAUGGCAGUAACUCAAUUUGAAGCUACUGAUGCCAGAAGGGCAUUUCCCUGCUGGGACGAGCCAGAUAAAAAGGCAAAAUUUACCAUUUCCCUCCAG